AUGUCACGAGAAGAGCUCGGCUGCCGCGCCGGUGCUGUUCCGCGACCGAUACCCACUGCCCUCAUCGCGGAGACCCUGCAGAAUCUGGCCAAGGCUAAGUGGUUCACCAAGUUGGACGUGGUGGCCGCUUUCCAUAAGAUCCGCAUGGCUCCGGGACAUGAGGGAAAGACUGCAUUUCGCACGAGGUUUGGGCUCUACGAGUGGCUCGUGUGCCCUUUCGGCCUGAGCGGCGCCCCGGCAUCAUUCCAACGAUACAUGAACAGUGUAUUGCGCGAAUGGCUGGACGACUUUGUCACAGCGUACCUGGAUGAUGUACUGAUCUACUCGAGCGCGCGCCAUCCGCGAAUGGGAGGCCCGACCACGGUGAAGGGUGUCAGAAGCUUUCUGGGCUUCGCCAACUAUUACCGGAUCUUCAUCCCCGACUAUGCCAAGAUCACGCAGUCUCUGGAUGCCCUGCUUAAGAAAGGAACUGCCUUUCAUUGGGGACGAGCGGAGAACGAGGCGUUUCAGGAGCUGAAGCGACGAUUUUGCGAGUCACCGGUGCUCAAGCAGUGGGACCCGAGCCUCCCGACCUUUUUGGAGACGGAUUGCUCAGGCUACGCAUUGGGAGGCGUCCUGUCGCAGGAAGGCCCAGAUGGACGUCGACACGCAUGCGCCUUCUUCUCGAAGCGACUUUCGCCAGCGGAGUACAACUAUCCCAUUCACGACAAGGAGAUGCUUGCCAUCAUGAGAUGUCUCGACAACUGGAACGCCGAACUUAGGAGCUGCGGCCCAUUUACAAUCCUUACCGAUCACCGCAACCUGAAGGCAUCCACCCUGCCGAAGAUGAAGGUCUUCGAGGUAGCGGACCUGCAGCAACUCUGGGACGAAACGGUGGCGAAGGACUCGAUAUUCCGGGCAGCCUAUAAGGCAGUCCGCGAUCGCGAGCGUGCCUUCCCGCCCUCGCUGGGCCUGAAGAUCCAGAUUUCAGAAUGUGCGAUCGACGCAGGCAAAAGGCUGACAUUCAGAGACCGUAUUUGGGUGCCGGGUGGAUCCGGAGAGGAGGGUAACCAGGAGGAAGCUGAGAAAGACCAGUUGAGAACCCGCAUUGUGCAGCAGUCGCAUGACUCUGUUGCGACCGGUCAUCCCGGCAGGAAGGUACGCUGGCUAUUGUGGCUCGGCGAUUCUACUGGCCUGGGCAGUCCCAGCUGGUUCGCCGGGGAUUUCAAGCCUCUGCCGAUUCCAGAUCGACCCCGAAGCCAUUUGUCCAUGGACUUCAUCACAGAUCUGCCGCCUACUGGACCGAGCAAGGCAAGGUACCUGUGGGUGAUUGUGGACAGACUGACAAAGGCUGUGACCCUCGAGGUGAUGGACAACAUGGAAGCUGAGCAGUGUGCAAACCGUUUCUCCAGUGUCAUUACCGAUUUCACGGAAUGCCACGGUCCAUCGUCAGCGACCGGGAGCAACUGGCUAAGUAGGUUCUGGAAGAGGUUCUGCCGUCUUGCAGGUGUCACGCAGAAAUUGAGCACGGCCUAUCAUCCUCAGACGGACGGAGGGCCAGAGAGAAUGAACCAGGAGAUCGAGGCCUACCUGAGAGCCUACGUGUCGUACGUGCAGGACGACUGGGGAGAACUGCUCUGCCGCGCAGCUGGCACUCAACAAUCGUGA